GACCACUUUCAAGGGCGUGGACACGUAAACGUAGCCAACAUGCUAACCGAAGAAGUCAUGUAAAUAGCUUUAGGAGCUUUUGCAGCGACAACUUGGAUUUUUUUUCUUCCAAAGACUCUGGUGACAUUUAUAUUACAGAUUGAAUAUAUGAUGGAAACAAACCCUAUUGUGUAAACGUGCUGUUUACUUUGUCAAGAGGAUACGUUAGUUUAGCUGUCUCGGUGAGCUAAUUUGUUAGCAAUCGCGGCCAUCACGAAGCAGCCCAAGAAAAGCUCUCAAGUCGACGUUUGAAAUUCUCCCGUCGUCAUGGAGAAGGCUGAUUUCUUGAAAGGACUUCCAGUUUACAAUAAGAGCAACUUCAGCAGAUUCCACGCAGACUCCGUUUGUAAAGCAUCAAAUCGAAGACCUUCUGUUUACCUUCCAACACGGGAAUACCCAUCUGAACAGAUUAUUGUAACAGAGAAAACAAACAUCCUCCUGCGCUACCUGCAUCAGCAGUGGGACAAAAAGCAGAAUGCAGCGAAGAAAAGGGAACAGGAUCAAGGAGAAGGCGACAGCCCUGCACCCCCGAGGAAGAUCGCUAGGACAGACAGCCAAGAGAUGAACGAGGAUUCAUAAGUGUGUGUGUGUGUGUGUGUGUAUGUAUGUAUGUGUGUGUGUGUGUUUGAGCUGAGCGAGUACGCUAAAGUGUGUAGAUGUAGGGGAGACUCAGACAUGACAGAGAAGGUCAGACGCUACUUUUAAAAACUCUAAACUUGUGUAGUUUUCUGUCCGCUGGAGAAGUCUGAUCAGUGUGAGCAUUUUGUUACUGUUAUAAUUUUAUUAUAAUACCUGUUAUUGUUGUUAUUGUUGUUGUUUAUGUAUGGCAAUGAGCUUCCUGCCGGCCACAGUGCCCACUCUGUUUCACUGCCCACUUUUUAUCCACAUGGGGGGGGGCAUUGUAACAUCUGGGGAAACUGUUUAGAUCCACAAACCCAAGACAGCACUGUGACAAGGAGCACAACGUUGCGCCAACUCUUCCUGUACCCCCCCCCCCCCCCCCCCCCCCUCCCCUUGCGUUUAAGGUCCUGCUCCGGGACUUGUGCUGGUGGGAUGUAAACUGGAUACUUCAGACUUAGAAAAGUGGGAUUGUCUCAAAUAUUAGAAACGGUGAAACAGGAAUCAUUUCUUCCUAAAAACCUCUUAAGUUGCACAACCUGGUAACAGCACAGAAUGAAAACUAAUGAGCAAUAUAAGGAAAAGGAUGAAGAAAGCUUUGUGUUGGGAGAAUCUCUCAUCAACACACCCAUGGGUAUGAUGAAAGCGCCCCGUUUCCUGGUGGAUCUGGUCCUGCAUGUUGUUGCUUUCUCUGUUUCCUCCAGAACCAGUUACAAAUUAAAGCUGGUGUUGUAUUGUGUGACUUAGAAAAGGCAUCAGCCAGGAGGCCUUACCAUGUCUUGUUUGGAUCUACUCUCCCCCCCCCCCCCGGCGUAGCUGCAGAGUUCACCUCAUCGGUGUGAUAAGCAUGUACAGCAACAUGCAGUAGCCCGCCCGCCUCCUUUCUCCUCAUUCUGUUUAUUACAGCAUCAUAAACCGCAACACUGACUAAAGCGUCUCAUUCUUAUCGCUGCCCUGCAGAUCCUCAUCAAAGCCUCCUGUUCCUUUUGUCGGUGGAAGCUGCGGUGUAGGUGGACCGUGUGUUUCCACCUGCAGGGGAAACACCCCGCUUGUUUUUCACGUUAAGCUUCUGUUCUGAUAGACUGUCGGGCUACACCCGAAGCCUGGCCCAUCCUGCGUGUUCGGUCAGAUGUUCUUUUAGGCUUUGCUUAAAUAAAGCUUGACUGAAAACUG